UUUUUUCUUCUCUGUUUUCAGAAACUGAUGAUGGCCAGUCAGUCUCACCGCUGCACGACAUCCCACUGUACGCCAACAGUUCCAAAACGGUGUACAACAUGGUGGUGGAGGUUCCCCGCUGGACCAACGCCAAGAUGGAAAUCUCGCUGGCCGAAGGGCUGAACCCCAUCAAGCAGGACGUCAAAAAGGGUAAGCUGAGAUUCGUAGCCAAUUGCUUCCCGCACCAUGGCUACAUCUGGAAUUACGGUGCGCUCCCACAGACCUGGGAAAAUCCCGACCACCUGGACCCGAACACCGGUUGCAAGGGAGAUAACGACCCGAUCGACGCCCUGGAAAUUGGUUCCCGCGUUGCCAAGCGCGGAGAAGUCGUUCAGGUUAAGAUCCUCGGAACGGUUGCGCUGAUCGACGAGGGUGAAACCGACUGGAAGGUUAUCACGAUCGAUGUUAACGAUCCUGUCGCUGACCAGCUGAACGACGUCAACGAUAUCGACAAGGUGUUCCCUGGUUUGCUGAAGGCAACUGUUGAAUGGUUUAAGAUCUACAAAAUUCCGGAUGGCAAACCGGAGAAUCAGUUUGCAUUCAAUGGCGAGGCUAAGGAUGCCGCUUUUGCUACUAAAGUCGUCGAGGAAACUCACAAGUUCUGGCGAACGCUGAUCAAUAAGCAAAUUGAGGAUACCGGCAUCUCUUGUUUGAACACUACCGUCGAAGGAUCACCGUAUCUGGUGGCUUCCGAUGCUGGCGAAGAAGUCCUAACAAAGAGCGCCAGUGGAGGAAACUCUGAAGCCCUCAGCGAUACCAUUCACAAGUGGCACUUCCGUGAAGAGAAUUCCUAUUCCAAGUUGUAGUCCUGUAACUGCGUUGUUAGCUAACGAGCGUGUAGAAUACACAAGACUAAGCAUUCCCACUGACGAACGAUGGGCAUUUGACGACUCCACGCUUAGAGAACUUGCUAAUAUACAACUGGAUUCGCACAGUAGAAUAACCAUAUUUAUUUCAUCAUGUAGCUUUUCGGUGGUUUUUAUAUAGAAGGUUGCUUAUUUGUUAAUUUUAUAUGUAGUUUGUUUUAAAGUGGUAAUGGCAAGUAAACCGAAGAUACAAAUUGAGUUUAUUU